CCUCCUCCCCCCCCCCUGUGCACGCCACGCGCGCACGGACGGACGGAGACGGCGCGAGACGCAGCGCGAGCGGAGCCGCCAGGGCGCGCGAGACGGGAACCGCCGCCGCCGCCGGGGCCGCCCAGCCCUGCCGAGGAGAGACAGGCGGGGCCGCCCCCUCCCGCUCCGCGCGGCGCCCUCCUCCCCCGCCCUUCCCUGCGCCGGAUGCCGCCGGAGGGGGGGGGGCCGCCCCGCCGCGGGCGGUAGGGAGGGCGGGCGCGCGGGCCCCAACCGGUCAGGCCGAGCGACACCGGCCGCCCCCCCUCCUCCCACCCCCUCCCUCCCCCGCACUCCCGGUCCCCUCCCCCCCCCCGGCGCGGCCCACCCUCCCGGCCCUUCCCUCCCCUCCCCUCGGCGCGGGCCCAUCCCCCCCCGGGCUGUGUCCCGGAUGGAGCCGCCCGGCCCGGCCUGGCCCGGCGGGGGUUUGUCAGGAGGCCAGGCGGCCCCGGCGGCGCCAGGCGCGGCCCUCCUCCUCCUCCUCGCCCCCCUCGGCCCGCCGCGGCGCGGCCGGGCGCCCCUCGCACACAAUGAGGAGGUAGGGCCGAGCAGGCCCCGCCGCGCCCGCUCGCCACCCCCUCAGCCCGGGCCGCGACCGGUGCGGCGGGGCCGGGCGCACGUGCGGGUGGCGGUGGGCUCUCCCCGCGGGGCGCGGCGCGGCGCGGCCGGUACUCACCUGGGGGGCGCGGGCCGCCGAGGCGCCUGGUGCCGCUCGGGCCGCCGCCGUCUCCGCGCCCAGCAGCAGCAGCAGCAACAACGGAGUCAGCGCGGCGGCGGCGGCGGCGGCGGCUUUUCCUGUCCGGUUACGUUAGGGUCACAUGACCGAGAGCGGAGCACAGAGGCUGCAGCGAGGAGCCCCCGCCGGGGGGGAGGGGAGGCGGCGAGCGCUGUGGCGGCGGCAGCAGCAGCAGCAGGAGCCACCCAGCCCCCGCCCGCCCCUCCCUCCCCCGCCCGCUGCGCCCAGCGCGGGCCGCACCGGCGGGACCGGCCCCGCCGCCGCCGCCCUCCUCCUCCUCCUGGCCGGCUGAGCGGGGCGCGGGGCUCGCGGCGGGCGCGCUGCCCCUUUAAAACUCCCGGGGGUGGGGGCCGGUGCACCCCCACCUCUCCAGCCCAGCGCCGCUCUCGCCGGGGGCGGCCCCGCCGCUGCCAGCGCCCCCCGUCCCCCGGGCUGAGGAAUAACGGGCUGGGCCGCUGCCGGCUCCUUGGCGGGCCCGGCGCGGGGCCGCGGCAGCUUGCGGGGACGGGACGGGGCGGCGCUGCGCUGCGCUCCCUCGCCGCUGCUGCCGCCUCCCCGGCGCCCUGACGGCUUCACCGCGGCGGCAGAGGCCGCGCGCCGCCGGGGGGCAGCCGGCGACUCCCGGCGGGCGGCGCUUGGCGGCUGGGGGAGACUCGGGGCGGCGGGCGGGGGGUUCCCUCGGGUGUCCCCCGGCCUCCCCCCGCCCAGGGAGAAGUGGCGGGCGCAGGUGCGUCCCCCCGCUCCCCGCCGAGCAACCGGGGACGGGCGAGACGGGCAGACCGGCGGCUGUGGGAGCGGAGCGCGGUGCCCCGCCGUGUUGCUGGCUCUCGGGCAUGAACUUUGCCAGCCGGUGCCCUGCGCCGCGUCCCCUGGCUUCUCUCCAGGCGUCGUUUACGGGAAGGUCUCCGUUCGGCGCGCCGGGCAGGGGCGGCGGCCGGGCCCCGCCGCCGGGCGCGGGGGCUCGGAGGGACGGCCUCGGUGGAGACCUCCGGGGUGCGCUUCGGUUGAGCUGUCGGGAGGUCGCGAGGUCGCUUGACAAAAAGAGUGAUUUAGGGAACAAACGUGGAAAGCUUAGGUUUGCUUUUCGUCUGUUCAGGUGGGCAAGCUAUUUGAGCUGGAUGUUUUUAACUCCAGAGGGGGACGACACACACAGCAGUCUUCCCUAAAAAUCAAAUCUGCAACUUUGUGCAAAGGCAGAUUGGGUUGUGGUGGAGCGCGGGGUGAAGGCAGCUGUAGCCAGGCAGCCUUUCAUCCAAAUCUAAGGCAUGCUAUAGAAUUUGUGGAUGCUUAUAAAACGGCACAAAUAAAUGCACCGAUGGAUGCUGCAUUACAUGGAAAAAAAUUGUCAGUCUUGCAAAAGCAAUUAACUCAGGGUUGUUAGCACGGGGCAGGGAGGCUGUUGUCGGUAAGAGGCCGGGAAUCCCUGAAGUAAUGGAAGGGUGAGCCCUGCAUUAGGCUCGAGUGUGAUUUCUCUGUCAGAGUAUUGGUCCAGGCACAGUCUGGAUCUGUACCUUGUUGUAAGGUGACAUCUGCUAACCGGAGCCGUGGCACGGACAAAACCGUUUUUGGAGAGAAACUUUGUUGUUGAAAAUCUUGUAGGAAGAUAUUUGACCAGCGAUAGUUAAAGAGGGUUCCUUUGUACCCCCUGCCCCUGCGGCCUGCUCCUAUCCUUAAGUGUGCUUUCUGUUGUUCCUUAGGAAUGGCACGUACUACAGUGUCAAUUAUUUGAAUUAGGUCCAGAUGAUUAUUACCGUCUUAAGGUACUUACCUAAGCAGUCGUGUAGGGGGCUAGCUGUAGCUGGGGUUGAUGUUUCCACAGCAAUUAAAUAAGAUGUGCUGGGGGAAAAAGGCCCAAACCUUUUUAAUGUAGAGUCUUGACAACAGCAAGCGUGCUGAGAGAGGGAGAAGUCAUCUCAUAUCUUGUCUGGUUAAUUCAACAGAUGAUUGUAGUCAUCCCAGGCUGUUGUUAUUUUUACAGGAUCUAAACUGAUCAAGACUUGGACCAGUUUUAUGUGAGUCUAACUCUGCUGAAGUCAAUGGAAGUCUUGAUAGACACAGCUUGAGUCCAUUUGCACUGUAUAGCUCAUGAAUAUUCAUUUAUUUAUCCAAGUAAAGCUGCAGUAGAAAACUAACUAGUUAAGUCCUUAAAAAAAAUAAUCCAACCUCAAAACCCAACAUCUUUGUAAUGUUAGGGGAGCUGAAAGCUGAUAGUCUAUUUGCAGCAGUUGUGGUAUGUUGAAUAAAGCAGCUGAACAGAACUGCAUCUUUGGGACCCACUUUGGGUACCCGUGAUGUGCUGAAGUACAAGGGGUGCAUUUUUAACAGCUCUCUGAGUUCUGCCAUGUGAGCGCAUGUUUAUAGAGUGUAUUUAACUGGUCUACUUGGCAAAUUUUUUCCCUGUACAUUUCACUGGCAUUUCAGCUCUGCAAACUGAAUACAAAUUAAAGAGAGUAGAUGGACGUUUGAACUUAAGUUGCUUAGUAGCGGAUGAUCUGUCUCAUUCUUGUGGAAGAUGGUGAAAGCGAUAUAAUUUUUAAUUAAAUUGAGCAGGCUACUUAGGAAAACUGGUUUAUUUCUGGCAGAUAUCUGGCAGGCUUUGUGGCCUGUUUUUUUCUCUUCGAUGUUGCACUUGAGUACUUCUGCAUCGGCAUUGGUGUGGGAUUCUCCUCCGUGCUAUCUCUGAAACUGGACAAAAAUUAAUUUAGUUAUGCUUUUUUAUUAAUAGUUCAUAAUUUAGCUUUAAAGCACCUUUGCUUGGACUGCAAUACUUUAAUCUAGAAAUAAUGCAAUUCUUAAUUUAAAAGUGUCCUGUCUGAUACAAGGUCCAUUGAAAUCUGUAGAAAGAUUUCUGUAUUGAGUUUUAUGCUGCUGAACUUCACACCUUCGAUGCUUCCACCUGAGACAUGUCUUCUGUGUUGCAGGGAGCGAUAAGCAGUUCACCUGUUGCAUUGUGGACACCUGACUUAAGAUGUGAAUCAAAAAUUUUACUUCCAUCUUGUCUUUUGAGGUAUAUUUUUUUUUAACAUGGAUUGUGACUAUGAAGCUGAAAUUGUAAUUAAAAUUUAUCCUUGUCUCAUUAAGUGGUAUUAUUGUGCUUUCAGUUUUCAUAUGCCGAUUUUCUCCUGCACCAGUUUCUUGAGGUCCUUGUUUAGGACUCUCUUCCUAGUUUUACCACUUUUUGACAGGACUGUCCAGACUGAUUCAGAUAUUGCUGCACACCUGAGAGCAUUCUGAGUUGUGUUGCUGUUGGCAAUAGGAUCAGCCCCUAGGUUUUUGGUUUCACGUUGGUCUGCACGUACCCAGAUUAAAGCCAGAAUUUUGUCUGAGCAUUGGAAGCAUGAAGCACGUAAAAGUGAUCCCCAAGAAAAACCCUGACGUACGGGUACAGCAGUGGUUGUGGAACGGCUCUGCUUUUUCUUGCCUUGGGUUCCUUGCCACAGGGAGGCUGUCGGGGUACAUCCGUCAGGGGUGAGUGGUCAGCCCCCAAGCAGAUCUGAGCUUUCACAUUUUUGUUGUGAGGAGGUCUGGCUGUCCUAGAGGUGGAGUACUGUGGUGUGUAAACCACUUUUUGUGUACACUGUAUAAGGUGAAAAAAUGAAGAAUUGUCAUUCUGUAGGCUAAGCUGGUUUGCUGGUAUCAGUAUGUUAAUGAGGAAUUGUUUCUACACCUAGCGAACAAAGUUCUAUCAACAGCUAGCGAGUAGCUGCAAUUUAGACUAGGGGAAAAACGAAUGAUAAACCUUUUGCUAGUAUAAUGUAUGUCAUCUAAGGAAAUGGUUUAACUGUAUGUAUAGACUUCUUCUUGUUUGAGUCUCAUCUCCGUCAGGAGUUGUUGGUGUAACCGAACUGACACAGCUCCUGCAGUGCAGAUUAGCCCUCUGCUUUCUGGCUUUGCCUUGGUCCCAGAUUAGCCUGUUGCAUGGGCCCUGCCCACUUUUAACUGGAAAAGUUCAAACAUGACUAUGCAUUCUUGGCUGGAGUGAUGUUUUUAACGGAGCAUGACUAUAAAUUUAGUUACACUAAUAUAUGUACCUGUGUGUUUUGUUUUCCUUAGAAAAAAGGAUUCAGAUGGCAAGUGUAGUUGAGUGCAUUUUUAAAGCCCAUGCAGCUGAGGUGUUCUGUAGAGAAAGAUGCUCUCAGUGAAACAGCAUUGAUACCACGUUCACAUUACUGUGUAACACCAUCUAAAUGGUGACUAAGCUCAUGAGAUGCUUAAUAAACAGUUUUGAACAGUUCGAAGAGCAUUUGUCAGCAUUGACUCAAGCUUACGUAGGAAAGUGUUAAAAAGCAUUUCAGGGGCAAUAGUAAUUGGUGGUUACCAUCAUUUAGUAGUCGUAUUUCAUUAGUUUGGAAAAUGUAUUUCUUGAAUGGUUGGAGCUUGAAGACAGACAGAAAUGGGCAAAUGACUGAGCACUAACAGAGACAAACAGUGAUAUUAGCUGUAGCUGCAAUGCCUUCAACGGCUCAAAACAGAGUCAUGGAAAAAAUUCUUGCCCUUGUUUUAGGUUUGCUUAAUAAAGCUUGUUUAAAGACUCAGAAGUGGGGGUGGUUGUCAUGCUGUGUGUGCGAGGAGAGGGAUUUUUUGUUCUGUUUCCCCAGUGUGACUGGGUCUGUCCAACUCUUACUCUGUCAAAAACUUUGGAGGACCCCAAGCUGUUGGAAUUGCUUCAUUUUCUGAGAUUCAGCCACCUGGGUUUCAUGUGUAGUACAGAGUACACAGGUAAUGUCAAGAAGUAUGUCUCUGGCAGGCACUUGGGGUAUCAGGAGGAAAAGGCUACCUCACAGCGUAUAGCUAUGGCAGAAUGAUUUUCUAAGGCUAACAAAGACUUUUGCUUUCCUGCUGAUUGUAAAGAAUUAGUCCUUUAAAAAUCCCUUUUCUCAGCAGGGGCUAUAUACCUUUCAAGACACUUUUCCCCCCUCCAAGAUAGUUAAGACGGAUAGUUAAGCUUUCUUUUUUUUUUUCCCCAAGACAACAAGUGUGUUGGGCAGUAGUUUUGGUUUUUAAACCCUGUGCCUAUCACUUACUGUACCCGAGUACCUCGGACUCUGCAUUUCUUUUUGGUAGUUGUCACACUAGUAUGAUAAAUCAGUCUGUAGGCAAGGAUGAGUCUCUCGGCAGAUGUUCAGUGCCAUCUGUGGAAGGAAGGUAGUACUCAGAGAUUGGUAGUUUCCAGCCCAUAGACUUUCCUUGGACAAUAUCUUGAUGGUCUAGGGAAAGUGAGAAAAGUAAACUGGCAAGCUCAGUUCACCAGUGCCUUUGGCAGUGUCUAAACUGGCCUAUGCAUGAAGGGUCCAUAAAGGGAAGAGGUUCCCCAUAACCAUUAUCACUACAAAGGACAUCUGUCUGUGCUUUGUCUUAAUGUCUGGUACAUUCCUUUACAAGGCAACUUUGUUACUUAGCUAUCAGUAAAUAAACUCAUUUGGGUGGGCACAAAGUAUCUGGCUUUUUUUCCCCUUAAGGAACUUGGAGCUGAAGUUUGUUCAGUUCCUAGGACUAAGGUAGAAUUGGGGAAGAGGGACUCUUUCUUACAUGUCUUAGUGUUCUUGUAUUUGUGUUUCAGGCAGGUGCUUUAAGUUGGCGAGAAUGUCAUCCUUCUCUUAGAAGCUGGUAUGUGCUGGCUGGACUGAAUAUAGGUUAUUUUUGCAGAAAGACAGAUUUCUCCAGGAAGGUGGCAUGUACCUGCACUUGCUCAUCCAGCCAGCAGAGCUUGUACCUCACAAAACUGGGACUGGGAAGUGGGAGUCCCAACUCUCAGCAUUCUUUGCUGUUUUACAAAUAGCCCAGUCUUAUGACAACUUUCUAGCAGACCUGCCAAAGAAAAUCAUCUCCAAGUUGUCCGUUACCUCAUCUGAUGGAAGAAAGCACAGACAGAAGCAGUCUGCACAGUUGGCAUUCUUAUAAACGGUGGCCUAACAAGGUUCCAGAUAACAGAAUUUUGCCAUUCAGUCUUCAUUUUGUUCAAAAGGUUAAAAUUUGAGAGUUCUGGAUAUACCAGGAUUCUGGUCUGGUUUUCCUUUUGUAUUCUGUAUUUCAUGCUAUUGCAUCUUAAUUUCCCCCUUGCCCCAGGCAACCCCUGCUGGUUAGAAUAGACCCAUUUUGGUGAAGACCUGAACUGCACAAACUGCGUAGGAAGAUGGUUCUUUUCAGUUACACUAUGAAGGCGUGUGGUGGAUGGGGCAGACAGAAGGCAGCGUGCUCUCACAGCUAAGGCAGUUUUGUCUUAGUUCUGGAUGGGAUUCUCCUCUUGGCUCUGCCAUAAAACUUCCUCCUGGUCAGGCCAUGUGUGCACUUGCACGGGGUCCCCAUGAGGUCUCCAGGUUCAAGCAGAAACGACAAUUGCAGAUGGGAAGUUUCCUGAGGGCUCGGCUCUCUGUGCAUGCUGAGCUGUGAAAGCUCAGGUUACGUUCUUGACGCACUCAACUCCCCAGCUUGGUCUUGGUUCUUUGUGUAAUGCAGUGACAGUACGCUGGCUUUGUAAGAGAUUGUAGUUAGUUGUUAGAAAAAAAAACCCUCAUACUUGGAUGCAGCUGCCACUGGGUAUUGUGGAAAAGAUGGAUACAAAGUUUUAAUGGACAGUUAAAGCCUAACUGAAGCAGCAAAACUGUUGACAGCUGCUCAACACAGUAAAUGGGGUUGGGAGCUUGGCGGGAAGAGGAGAGUUGGAUUUUUUUUUUUAACUGGCUAUUUUAUGUGCUGAUAGAAAGGUGCUUCUCUUGUUUUGACACGUUUGACUUGGUAACUCUUACAGUGCCAAGACAAAACACUUGAGAUAAUCAAGCCUAGACACUUUAUGCUUUUACAGGGCAUCUAGGAGUUCUCAGAUGACUUUGUUAAAACCACUUUCCCUGAUAGAUGCAGUUGGCCUGCAAAUUUGCAUUUUAGCAAUUUAAUUGAAAUACUGAAACAUUAAAUGUGAGAUGAAUGGGAACUUACAUUCUUGAGCCUAAGUAUUACACUCAUAUGGGGGAGGGGUGUGGGCAGGAAAAGCCUCUUUGUCUGAAGGUGUGAAAAAUGUUAGCUAGAAAAAGUACAAUUAAAAUGUAACCUAAUUCUGUUACUGGGAUAAAGCAGUGCUUGGUAGGCUUUUCUAUUGCACAAAGGAUCUAAUGUACUAUUUCUGUAAUAACCCCCUGUAAGUCAGGAGAUUGGUGCCGAGGAGCCGUUCCACAGUGUACUGUAAGACUUUGUCACCAAGCCCUUGUGCUGACCGGCUCACUUCCCUGAGCAGGGCUGACAGUUCAGACCACCUCAGCAGUUCAGAGCAGCAGUAGCUAAGCUGUUCCAGGACCAGGACCUCCAGGUAUGACCUGCUCUGAGGAGAAAGCCUACUCUUAACAGCUGCUGCAUCUUCUCAAGAGGCUCCUGAGGCACUCGUAACACAACUUAUGGCAGAAGGAUGGGUUUGUAGUCAGAUGUUUUUUCUUAGCUCUGCCUGACUCUAUUCUCUUCCCCACGUAUGUGUUGGAUGUAUUCAUCAGGAGUCUAAUAUCACACUCAAAUACUGUUUUCAGGUAAAGAGAGAACAGUAAGCUACUGCAAAUGUAAUCUCACUUCUAGCCUGAAUUUAGUCAUCGUGGCUUGUUAAUGAUCCUUCAGGAGCUUUUAACAAAAUUCUUAGGUUAGGUUCCUGUGUUGUAGUUCCUGAAAACAGGUUUAGAAAGAGAGGUUGCUGGGGGAAAACCUUCUCAUCCUCUCACAAGAGUAAGUGAUAACAUUCUGGAGAUAGCAAUCUACAGACCGGUGGACUAUGAAUAGAUUUAAAAACAAAAGAAACUUUUGCCUUAGAGGAUAGUUGAGACAUCUUACCCUACGCUACUUCAUUCCUUUCAACUUGUACUGGUAAGAAUCAGGGAAUAGGAUAAGGUGGACAGUCUAGUAAUAAAAGAAAUUUGGGGAACUUUAGUUUCUCAUUGUGCUACAGCUUCCUCUGACCUGAGAUAAAGGUCAGCUAGUUCCUCUUUCACAUAGAUGCCUUCUAAAUAAGUGUAUUCCCAUACAAGUAUGUGAAUACCUUUUUGUGAUGAGGCAGAACAUAACAUUAGGUGUACCUGCCAGGUAUAUUAAAAUCACGCCAGGUAACUCAAGAAGAAGAGAGAGUAGUGCUGUUUCCAAGCUUGGUACAGUGUCACAGCCAUCCAAGGAGCUGGGGAAAAUGAGGGAAGACUUCAUCAUCAGUCAGAAAUGCACAAAGUAGCUAAGCCCCCAGCGCCUUUUUAACUGUCAAGGGGACACAGCAGUAGAAUCCUCCAUCAAAUUAAUACAGUCAGCGCAGAAGGCAUCCAUCCUUCUGUCCUUGCUUAUUAAGGAAACAAAGCUAGAUCUCUCCCUGCAUCAGUCCUAAAUGUCCAGGCCUCCUCACUAGAAAGUGUACCCUACAAAUGCAUCAUUAGUAUCUCAGCUUUAAACUAGCACAUCCACAGAUUAAGACUUCUCUAACAUUCCCAACUGCUGUACUAGCAAUAACAUUCACAGACUGAUUUUUUUUUUUAUUUGAGUAGAUGAUGUACAUAUUUAUAAAUAGACAGAUCCACUGUUUUCCAGAAACGUAUGAUAGACCUGAAGUUUCUGGGCCAUACAGUCUUCAUGGUUUUGUCAGUUUUCUUCAGAGUUUAUUCUGUCGUCAGAAAACUACCCUUGCAAGUUCAAACAGAACCUGUGGAAUAGCAAACACAUUGAUAUGUUUUUUAAAUUCGAUUUAAUAAUCCUUAAAACAGCUUACAUUGUAAAGGACAUAAUCUGAAAAAUAACUAUAGCUGCAAUUCAAACAUUAUUUGCAAAGAACUGAAGACCAAUUGCCUUUAGAGUACAUUAAUAAAAUAAUCUUGAUUCUCAAGUUAUGAAGUAUAUAAAUUGCACUGAUUACACUUUCAGUAUGAUAGUGGAAAAACCCCACCAACCUCUAUGGUGAUGAGUAUGACUAUCAUCCACUCGAGGCGUAGAGCGUGCUUUUCAUUCAGGUGAUUUCUCAUGAGGUCUGUCAGCUCCAUGCAGUGCUGAAGCUUUUCAUUCAUUACCUGCAAGAGAUCCCAAAUAUAUGGCAAAUGUGGAUUCCGUAAGUGGAAUGAGAUCACUAAAGGAACACAAUCCACAGAAGGGCUCACUGAAGACAACUAGAAAGGUGUUAACACUCUUCUGUGGAAGAGUGGAACAGAAGGUUCUGUGAGGCACAUUCACAAGCAACAGAAGUUUCAAUAAAAAUGAGUGUUAUUUUGGUAGGUUCACAAAAAUAAUAGAAAUUUAGAUAUCCGUCUGCAGGUAUUAAACUGCUUCUGGGUGACACCUACUCAUGAAAACAGGCACAAGCAAAAGAAGAUGCAGCUUACAGGAAAUGCCUCGAAAGUAACUAAGUAAAAUUUAAGGUUGCUGUACCACCGGAAGAGGUGGUUUUUGUGCUUCUUAUUCUGGUUUCAGCAGUGAGCAUUAUGUUGCCCUUCAAUGAACUGACCUGAUGAUCAUGUCAGUAAGAGGACUGCGUCACAUCUCAGUUUUUUAACUUGUUUUCUUGCACACAUUUCGGAACAAGAAUUAAAUCUCCUCUUCUUAUUACUAUUUAAAGCCUAAUUUAGUGGCUCAGGAAAUACACAAUCCAUUCAUGUGAAGCAGGGUUGUUAACCUAAACUGGGUAAAAGAUGUGAGUGGGUUACGAACAUAUGGAAAAGGCGAUGGCGUUUAGGAUCCUGUUCUUUAUUCAGUUUCUACAAUUAAAAUAGACAUUCAUGGAACAGUCUGUAACCCUGCUGAGCCAAAGACAGCUGAUCUGAGUGUGGAAAAUUCUUGUAACAGUAAGACACCUACCUUAACUCUGCGAUUAAUGUUGAGAAACUGGCAAGUCUUGUCAUAAAGCUCUUCCAGUUUUUCUCUAUCCCAGUAGAAGUCAGGUGUUAUUAGCAGGUCUGAACUCAGAUUUAUACGGUGUCUAAAAAGAAUGGGUACUACAGUAGUUCAAACUUCCUUUUGAUGAACGUGGGAGCCAAUAUUUACAUAGCAGUUAGAAGAAACAGGAAAGUUUUUCUCUGAUUUUAACUAAAAUAUGAAAAGAAUCUCAUAAUGAAAACACAGUUGUAGUGAUUGUCUCAAAUUGAUCACAUGCCCUGAAACUUUGCUGAGAAUACUGUACCAUUAAGCAGUUUUGAACAUAAAUUACUUGCCUGCUGUCAACAUUGCUCCCUCAACCUGUCACCUUCCUUAACUUUUGAUAUCUGCAGAGAAGUCCUUACUCUGCUAGUAGCUUGCUGAAGCUGAAGUAGUACAUGAAUUGAAGUUACUCCGGAGCUCCUUAACAGCUUGUUUAUAUCUUGGAACUCUUUAAGUGUGACUGGUACUGCAUGCUGGCUCUGUGAGCACAGCACACCUUUCAGAACCAGGCUAUUGUCUCAACAUUAUAAAGGCUAAGAGCUAAAAAUCUCUCACCUUCAACCUGCUGCUCACAUAAAUCUUUGGACACUUAGAACAUCAUUGUUCGUUACUGAACAGUCCUUCAAGUAGGGAUAUAAAAUCCAAUGUUUAAAAUAGGAAUUGGUUUUUUAAUUUAUCUUUCUUCACUGAUUGAGGUUUUUUUUUUUGUAAAAGAAUGUGUGAUGCUCUGUAUUCCCAAUGGCCGAAUCUCACUUGAGAGGGAAAAAACCCCACUAAAGUCUUACAGUGUAGCAGUCGUUUCCGAGUAAGUCAAGGGAAGAACAGAGCUUGCAGAGAAGUUUUAUUAACUCCAGGCUGUAGUUAACAGUUCUACCUACGCCUGUGCUUCCUCCUGGUAUCCUUUGUGUACUCUAGUAUCUAUUAUAUUGGUUAUAAGACAUGUAUUGCUGGACCUAGGAAGGGAAACGGGUGUGGAAUUUGGCCAUUUACAGUAUGCUGCUUAAUGCCUGUCUAUAGCAGAGAUGCCAGUGGUGAGAUGGUGAGCCAGUGGGUCCUCUGACUAACAUAACUGCACACACAGUCUCCAGCCAAAAGAAGGUUGAAGGAAUUCCCCCCUGCCCCACCCCGGUGCCUUUACUGUGUAUUUUGGUCUUUUUAUCACAUAUAACUUAAAAAUUAAGUUCUGUGUAAUACAAUGUCUUGGGUAUAACCAAGAAGUUACCUUAAUGCAAAGAGUUCUCCGAUUUUCUGCAUUACAUCUGCAUGAGACAGUUUCACCUUCCUUCGUGACUUCAGUAUCUGCAAAGUAACAAGUUUUUUUGUCACUUGAUCAAGUAGCAUGUAGUUAAGAAGUCUGGAGUUUUACAGGCUGAAGUACGUAUAUCAGUUAAAAUCUGAAUGCAUAUCAUACUUACUAACAUUUGAGUUUUGUUUGCUUAGUGCCUUGCUUAUCUAGCUUUCUAAGAGCAUCGCCAUGCAACUGUUCAUCCAGGUUUUUAAAUCGCUGAGUAUGCCAUCAGUAUCAAUACAAAAUCCUGAAGUGUUUUCUAUGAAUGAUUUCCUGAACAAGAGAUCAAUUGGUUUUUCUUCCUACUAUUGUUAUUUCUAAGUCAUGACAGUGUUAUUUUACCUUGCCACUACUUAGCCUUUUUAUAGACUUUUUCCUGACAUCUAUGUAUUACCAUUUAUUUCCUUCAUUAAAAGAAAAAAGAUUUCUCUUUUGAACCCCAUAAAUCUCAUUUUUAUGUGACAUCAUAUGGACUUUGUACUUAAUUAAGUCUCAUGAAAAACUGUGGUUUAAGUAAUUCACUCAAACUCUUCAUUACAGUCAAGUUAAAGCACACUGCUCUCAGCCCAAGGUGCCACACGCUGUGUUUGGCCAGGUUUUUAAAUGCUGCUUGUCCAGUUACAUGCACACAUUCGACGGCGGCAGGUGACAGCAGCACAACAUGGGAAACAUGGAAACGUUCCAGUGCAGAACCCCACCCUCAGCCCUUUAGAGACUGAUGAUUUCUUGUCCCACCACUCUGCACGAGGUCUGAGCUUCUCUGUGUCGAUGGCUUUACCAUCAUGUGUGUUAAGCAUUCAAUUGCUUUUUCCAUAUCCUCGGCCGUAUCUGGAUUGACCACAGGAGAAUAGGAGGGGAGAGGUACAAACAAGACCUCACCUCAGGAAUUGACUGGAUAGAUUCCACAAAGUUAUCCAAUAAUGACUCCCAAAUAGCCAGCUUUACUGCAACACAGAGGUGACAAAGCAGAACAGUGAGAGAGAUACAUAUGCUUUCCAAUGAUCUUAACUUUAAACCUGCCAACAUGCUGCCUCAAGGCACGUUGAUACAUACAUUAUUUGUAGCAAGUUGCUGUUAGUAUAAUGAAAUCAACAUUCAUACAUCUAUGGACAAUCUGGGCUGUGUGCUGACACAGCUCUGCAUGCAGAACCACCCUGAGCACAGCUCUCUUCUCUAAGUGAUCAGAUCCUGGAGAGUUUUUGCUUCAGCUCAAGAGUUGUGUCUUUUAAGCGCUCUACUGUAUGUAUGAAGCCUUUGCAGACUACAUUCCAAGACGGCUGGAGAUAAUGAGCUGUGCUGGAGUCAGGCUGAGUUCAUGUGGUGCCACUCAACAGCCUCCACUGCAUUUCCAGUGUCCUGCAGAACUCUCAUUCUCCAUCUGCCCGGUAUUUGAUGCAGCAUGCUCAAACCAUGGAGGGGUAGCUUGUACAGACACACCACCUUGCUGAAGCUAAAUUCAAACUUCAGCAAUCUCCCAUUUUGUUUUUAGGUGAAUAUACCAUUCACUGAAGAUACAACUUCUCUUCUAUGGAAGCCAUUCAGCGCAGGCAAUGACAACACAACUUCUACCAUGCCUCAGCUUGAGCCUAGAAAGAUGUUUCUACAGGAAGACGAUACAACUCAGGCCUUUGUUCCUUAGUCUGCAGAUUCCCAGACAAGAAUGAAGUAGUAACAGAUCAAAAUUUAACCCUAUUCACUCAGAAAAAUUAAUCUGGGAAGAUGUAAUUAUCAAUAUUAACUCUUUAUUAGUUAGUAUCAUCUAGUCAGGACACUGGUAGCAAGUCCAAGGCCGAGCAUUUUUCACACUCAUCUUUUGAAUAGAGAGGCCUAAUCCAAGUCAGUGACUUAAAUGACAUUUAAUUUAGCCGCUGGGGGAAAAAAAAGCCAAUAGGCAUUUCAGCUAUCACCGAUUAUUUGGUUUCUGCUGGGUCAUAAAUCUGACUUGGACUGGACUUGCAUCCUUUAUUUUUAUUGAACAUUAUUGAAUGGUUUUCCGUUAUGAUGUGCAUGUCUCACACUAACAUAAAUUGGUACCAAUUAUCUCCUGGGAAUGAAUCCCUUCCUCCAUCACAUGCGGCACCACUCUUCCAUGCGGUGACUUUAUGAAUAGGAAAACUAUAUAGAGAACUAAAGGCUUUUUUUUUCCAAUAGCUCUUCCUUCAGCAGUCAAGAACCAUUUAGCUAUGCUGUACUCCUUGAUCAAAUGGUGUAUCACUUCAAAAACACAUGUUCUGCUUGUUGAUGUCCCUUCUGUUUGAAGGCAUGCUUCCCCAAAUACUACAGGCAUCCUGUAAUUUACCCUAAAAGCAGUAGGGGUAGACAGACCAAAUUUCCUUUAAAGGUCUUUUCGAGGACAGCCUUACUGCUGCUCGCUUCUACUCCCACUUCCUACCCCAUCUGAGGUCUGACGCAGCAGAGGUGUGUGUUUCCUCAAGCAGCAGCACCACUGCUGAGCCUGACUUCUUGCUGGUGCCUCCUGACAGAAGUACCACACAGUACUAGCACACAGCCGUGGCUAGUAAGCCAGCAAAGCAUCACCUGUGACUCUGGUCUAUGCCUUUGAUACUGGGACUCCUCCCCAGCUGGGAAUCACUUCUUUAGCAGGAAACGGCAUCCGGAUGAAUUAUUUAAGAUUACUGACAGGUUUCUAAUCCUGGACACUGCACUCGUUGCUAUCCUAGAACAGCGCUCAAGGGUGGGGAACAGGAUGCUCACAGUAGAAUGCAUAUCUUUUGCAAAGUAUGUUUCUUAAUGGGUUUUGUUCAUUUUUAAGACAAUUUACAUUGAAUGAAGUAAUUCCAAUUUACAGAAAACAAGGUAAAAGCUUUGAAAAUGAAUCCUCCCACUGAAGCACAAUGAAUCUUUACACAGUUUGCCUCAACCAAACACCGAGUCUUCUCCAGCCUGUCACUCUACAAGUUGUACUUACAAUGACAUUUCACAAAAUCUGUAGCAUAGGCCGAUACUACAAGCAAUAUUAACUCACCGGAAAGACAAAGGGCAUUUGAAAAGGCAAAUUUCUGCAGAACAACUUCAUCACUAUCCAGCUCAGAAUUUAACAAGAUUUCUCCUUUAUGAAGCUUUGACUGACCUCUGUUAAAACAGGAUUGAAGCAUCUUCACUGAUUAAGCCACUAGCAAAGGCACAUUUAAAGAACAGUCAACAAUGCAAGAAAGGUUGGUUAUUUGUUAAUAUAAAGCAUGCCAUGUCUAUAUGGAUAUCGUCCCCAUCCUCGCAUGUUACUCAUGUUUAACCUGACAAUAACCAAAACAAAUAACUGAAAAAUAGUUCCUCAGUCUAAGCCUAAGAUUAUCACCAAAUUUUCUAGAUUUAAAUGAAACUGCAGCAAGCUAUGAUGGCAACUACAGCAUUGCUAUAUACACACAGAUAAUGCAGAGUAAGCAGGAUGCUGGCCUCUCUCCUGCUAUCUCCUGUAUCAUCUUUCUGUUUGUUUUCCUUUUCUUCUACCACUUUUAUCAGCGUCUCUCCCUGCCUGCUAUGAUGUUACUUUCCCUGAAACCUCUGUUGCAUAGGGGGCCAGCAGCAACGAAAAGGGGGCAUGAGAGUCCUUCAAUUUAUCAUGUCAAUCUCUAUGAAACUUGCAUAAACACAACAGAAUAUGUCAGGAAUCAGAAAUUACACAACUGGAUAGUACAUGCCGUUUUCAAAUGGCCAGGAAAAAACAAAACCAAAAAGCUGUCCUCUUAUUAGGUUACCUUAAACAAGCUCAACCUCAUUAGCUCAGCUCCUAGGGUUAUAAUGUCCUGUCUAGAAGUUGAUUUUUGGUGCUGUUGGAAAAUUACAGAUAAUUUUUAUCAUAAUUUACACUGAGAAAUACUUCUGUAGCGAUUAUUUGCUCCUCAUGAAGAAAAGCAUUAUUUAACAAGGCAAGACAACUUACCAAGUUUAGCAUUCCAGUUUUCAAGUUAUAACUUUCCUAGGAAGUGAAGUAUGUGCAGAAUUACAUCUUUAUAUAUGAACCUAGAGGGCACUAAGGAAAGCUUAUGCAGAAAAUCCUCUUUAAAACUCAAUAAUGCCCAUUAAUUUUUUUCUAAGAGGUACGUAGUUUCUGUUUGGGAUUGUUGGAGAACAUGGUCAGUUGUAUGGGCAUGGAGCUUCGUAAUUUACAAAAUCUAGUGCAUAGCCAAGUCACAAAGGCCAUUAUUUGCAAGUUUAGCAGUUCACCAAAAUUUGUCAAUUUAGAUUUACUGUUUUUCAAAUGACUAAAAUAAGGAAAGGAGAAAAGAGUAAGGAAAAGUAUAUUUCUACUAGCUGCUUUUGCUUGAAUUUGUUUUAGAUGUCUGUUAGCUUUUCUAUCAAGAGUGCCUGAAGAUACUUACUCUCCUAUUCUAUAGUUCAUCUCUUCAUUCUCCCAGUGGACUAGUGCAACUUCAUAUGGCUGAAUUUCAUGCUGUUCGAGCACUCG